AGCAGCCACUGACGUCUUUGGAUCAGAUCCGGAGAUCAUCUCAAUAGCUCCUCACGCUCUUACCAGGCUAUGGAUCAUCUACCUACAAAAUGUUGAUCCUUUGAUGAAGAUACUCCACGUACCCACGAUUCAACCAGUCAUGCUCGGCGUGGCAGCCAAACCUCAAGGAGCGGACAACAUGACACUGGCUGUUCUUUACGCUACUGCCUUUGCGGCAACAACCAGUAUGUCCAGCACCGAGGUCGCAACGCAGCUAGGUGUAGAGAGGUUGGUUCUUCUUCGCCACUUCAUGCGGGAGAUAGACGGCGCAUUCACGAGAGCUCAAUUUUUACUCUAUCCUAAUGUCCAGGGGUUGAAAGCUCUGGCAAUAUACUUGGUAUGACAAUGUUGUUCUACCGUCAAUACUCUGUGACAAAGCUGAUCACACAGAUAGACGGCGCUGAGGACCUUCGACACUGGUCGAACCAUCUGG